AUGUCAUCUCGUUCUCGAACGGCCUGUUCCUCUGUUGCCAUCACGGCAUCGUUGGAUGACUUGACAAGAAAUACCCACACAAUGAGCGACGGGUGUUGCGUAGAUAUGUCGACCCGUUUGCUCCUGUUUUUGAUUCUGUGUUUGAUAAUCACGGCAAUAAUUCACUCUUGGGGAGGCACGCUGUUCCAACCACUUGUGUUCCUUGCGACAGUUGUCGUUUUCAUUGUGUCAAAACAGCUCGCCUGUCGCACAUCAUCCCAAGAUUGCUCGGAUUUUCAAGUGUCCGUUCAGGCCGUCAAGGACCAAAUCAUGAGUGACGCAACUGCUGCUGGUGAUUUGCUGCAACCACCGGCCUCGGCCGUCUAUCGCUUGGAAGACAGACAAUUCGGAAUCGUCCACAAGAAGAGUGGUGAUGUUUUGCUGGAAGGAAGCCACAGUUUGUGCGUCAUGCGACUGAACUUUGCCACGGACUUGAAGGAAUCGUCUGGAUUGGUCAGUCUCAAAGGAUCCAGGGUACUCGUUGGUCCAAGCGCUGCAAACACCACUAGCAAGUCUAACCAACAACAACAACACAACAAUACAAGCUCUGUCAUAAUAAAAGGACUGGUAGCGACAGCAACCCGAAAGGCCUACUUUGUGGAAGAAACAUCCACCAAAGAUUCAUCGGGGAGGCGAAUUUCGCGCGUCGUCUCGGGAAACUUCGAGGGAGGAGGAGAAAGAUACAAAUGCUUUUCCGGAGAAUGGCUGGCAUCAGAUGGAUCUCGGGGGUCGGUCACAAACAUUCCCGAGGCUCCAGCAGUGGACUAUGCUAUUCCUUUGGUGAUCGGUGAGGAGGAAGGGGAGCAAGCCGAUAUUAUGGUCGUCUAG